AUGAGCUCGACGACUGCUCUCCAGCCGAAAAACGCCGCCCCUCCUCGGCGUACCGCGCCCCUGACGCUGGAGGUGUCGCCCGUGCUGUACACCGCAGCGUGGUUCUUCAUCGUGCUCUUCCACGCGGCGUGCGGCACCUUCCUCAUCUGCGUGGCCAUGACGUACUGGUACCUCACCACCGACACGCUGCCGUUCUACGUCUCGAUUUGGUCGCUCAAGAGCAUCGAGAACUACAAGUUCUACGGCGUCGUGUUCGGUAUGGUGGGGGCGGUGCACGGCGUUCGGGUGUUGACUCUCAUCCUGAUGUCCAUUAGAGCUCGUCAAUUCACUAUUCGCUCCGAGUCGAGCGUGAUCCGGACGCUGAUGUCGAAGCGAAUGAUCGUCUUCUCUCGCCGGGGCUUCUUCGGCGUCGAGAGCGAGCACUUCUUCCUCGUGUCUGCGUUCCGAGAGGUCCUCGAGGCCAGCUCGCAGACGUACCAGGCGUACCGAGCUAGCAACCUGCUGCCGCGAGCCGAGCUCAACGCGCUCAUGGUCGGACUGCUGAUCACCAACUGCUGGACGACGGCGGGCAUCGUGCUCUUUGUGAGGAAAUCCCCAGAGCUGCAACGCGUGUGCACUCUAAUCUACGACGCGCUCAUCAGCUUCGGAAUGCUGGCUGUUGUGCCGCUUAUUAUCUUCGUCCCGUACAUUCAAGCGUUCGACUUUGAGUACAACUCCGUCAAGGACCCCGACUUCAUGUACACCCCCGUUUCGCUCCCCGAGCGAGCAGAUUGA